CAACACCAACAAUCCAUCACAAUACCAGCCGCCUCGUUUGCGUGCACCACCCACGGUGGGUGGCAAUUACAGUGGGUGCGCAAAAGUGUCUCAGCUGAGAUGGAGAGUCUCCACAGAGCUUCAUAAAAUCCAUAAUCUAUCCCAACAAGUCGUCACAAUGUACUCAGAUGAUCGCCUCGUUACAUCUCAUGCCGAGUACAUUCAACACUUUCCUGGUCAAAGUACAUCAGGCUACAAUAGAGAGUCUUGUUGACUAUACUAAACCCCUUCCUACACGCGAUACUAUAUUGGAAAAAUAGCGCUGAGACACUCUAUUUGAUAAUCCCCUGUGGAAAUGAGUUAAAGGCGGGAAAAACUUUGUGAUUGAGAGACACAGAGUCAGGGCUUUUUUUUAUCAGCAUUCUCCAAAUGUUUCAGUACAUUCUAACUCAAACGGUUAAUCUUAUCAACUUGUGAGUGCUACGGAGUCAUUUAAUCAUUCUCCUCAAUGCUCAAUUUCAUCGCAUUCUUCCUCAGAGCUUCAACAUGAACGGUUUCCACAAGGAGGGGGCUAACCCACCGAUGAUGGCUACAUCGAGUACCAAUGAAAAUAACAAUAUUCCCGUGGAAAAUCACGAAUUGCCCCGAGAUAGAAGAUUCAAGGAUUCCACGGACGAUGUCAUUCGGGAAUUGGCUCUAAAGCGUGUUCAGGAACGCGUGGAGAUACUCCAGGAUGAGAUUAGUCGCGAUGUGAAUCGUCGUUUGGGUGUUAUGGUUGAGCAGUUGAUAAGUGAAAUGAAAAGGUUCGAUUUGAAUAACACAGAGCUGCGGAAUCUCUUCAAGGAUGAGAAACUCAUGACUAAUCGCAAAGAGACUGAGAAGACGAAUGCUCUUCCCGAAAAGGAAUUCAUGGCAAGGAAUUCCCUUUUAACGGACUUACUGGAGGUAAAGCACAUCAAGACGAUCUACAAUCUCUUCGUAGUCAUGAUGAUCAUCAUGUUCUUGAACACCGUGGUUGGGGAUUUAGUUGCUGAUGGCAGGAUCAAUUUGGGACUAUCUCCCAUAAAAGUGGGCUUCGGGAAAUUUCAUCUUGCUUUGCUGGUCUGGUGCGGUAUGCAAACUGUUAUCUCUUCGCUUUACUAUCUGUUCAAUUUCUGGGCUUUCGGCCAUCAGAAUCUUCGGAAGACGCCCGAGCAGCAGAAAAUCUGGGAUUACGCCUUAUUAAUUGGAUUCAUUGGCUAUCUAACAAUCUUUGUAAUUGGAUCAAUAAGAGCUGUGCUCUACUUUGACUUGCCUCAAGCAUCAUCUCUGGCUGCUUUACUGGAAAUGUGUCGCUUCGUUAUGAAAGCUCAUGCCUUUGUUCGAUCAAACGCACCGAAAGUUCUCACUGGAAAGGUCAAGAGUGACGAUGACCUCAAGACAGCAGCUCUAGUGCUUCCGUCAUUCAAAACUUUCCAGUACUUUUUGUUCUGUCCUACUCUCGUCUAUCGAGACUCUUACCCAAGAACAAAGCAAAUUCGCUGGAAGGUUGCAUUCUUCCACUUCUUGGACGUCUUCGGAGUCAUCCUCUACCUCAGCUUCAUCUUUGAACGCUUCCUCCUGCCGAACUUCAAUAAGUUUGGCGAAUCUGAAGUUGAAUUGAGCACUUUGGUGCUCUCAAUCUUUGGCUCAAUGAUGCCCAGCACAGUUAUCUUCAUCUUGGGCUUCUACUGCCUCCUUCAUGCCUGGCUCAAUGGUACUUCUGAACUUCUACGUUUUGCCGAUCGAAUGUUCUAUCAAGACUGGUGGAAUUCAACCUCCUACUCAAUGUACUACCGCAAAUGGAAUGUCGUAGUUCACGACUGGCUGUACACCUACAUCUACAAGGAUAUCUAUGAGAAUAUUUUCCGGGGGAACCGAGCUAUUGCCACGAUGUCAGUCUUUGUUAUUUCCGCUAUUUUCCACGAGAUCGUCCUCAUCUUUGCCUUCAGAUUCUUCUACCCCGUCCUGUUUAUUUCCUUCGCGGGAUUUGGGACCAUUUUUAUGACUUUGGGACGCACAUACCCAAAAGCCUUUGGCAACAUACUCAUGUGGCUAUCGCUGUCCAUUGGAAAUGGCAUCAACUACAGCCUCUACACGAUGGAAAGCUACGCAAGGAGAAAUUGCGAAUUUGAGGACACAAUGUGGAAUUUCUUCGUCCCUAUUUCGUGGUCUUGCAACGGGGUUAAACUCAAUCCCAAUUGGAGCAUUCAAAAUCCAUUUUCGUGAUUUUUCUCUCAAAAACUUGAGAAACUUACAAGUUAUCGUGACUUCGUAAUACUUAUCAAACAUCUCACAAAGUAGUUUAAUUUUUUGUAUAAAUUCAUUUUCUAUUAAAUAAAAUUUACUUUAUUUACCUUGA